AUGCCUCCGCACUCUCCUGAAGCCGCCGCUCAAGCCGCGCGCACCCACAUUUUCAGCCAACCCACGACCGAGCCCUACCGCAACAACCCAUGGGCCCUGUACCGCGCGCUCGACGAAUACAGCCAGACGCGACACCUCAUGAACUUCAAGGAAACCAAGCUCCGCGUCGCGAAGCAGCACCUCGAGUCCAUGCAACCCAGACCCAAGACCGUCAUCGAGUUCGGGACCUACGUCGGCUGCUCCGCCAUCGCGUGGGCGGCCAUCCUGCGCGACCUGCACGGGCCCUCCGCGGACAACGACAUUAACAUCUACACCUUCGAGGUGAGCGAGUCCAUCGCCCAGGUGGCGCGGGACUUCAUCGAGCUCGUGGGCCUGCAGGAGGUCGUGCACGUCCUGGUGGGACCGGCGUCCGAGUCCCUACGGGGGCUGGUCGAGCAAGGCAAGAUCGCCCCCGGCGGCGUCGACAUGGCGUUCUUCGAUCACUGGGAGAAGUUCUACCUCUCGGACUUGCAGCUGUGUGAGGAGCUGGCGCUGUUCCAUGUCGGGUCGAAGGUCAUUGCGGAUAACACGGAUAUUCCCGGCGCGCCGGAUUAUCUGGAGACCGUCUUCUCCUUAAUCAUUAUCAACAAAGCCGGAGGUCUAAUCUACCAGCGCGAAUUCCAACCGGGCCUCCGCAAGCUCUCGACAAACGACUACCUCGUUCUCGCCGGAACCUUUCACGGCGUCCACGCCAUCACCCGCACCAUCACCCCGAAACUCCCCCUCCUCACCCCAACCGCAAUAGCCUCCACCCCGACCAGCGCCUCCUCUAACCUCGCCUCCCCCUCGGGCACCUCCACCCCGAUCCCGCCCACGACGACGACAACGACGACGACGACAACAGCAGCAGCAGCAACAACAACAGCCGUCUCCGCAACCUCGUACACAUACCCGAUCCCCGGUGUGCCCGCGACGGGGCUGGAGUCCCUCGAGACGGACAAGUUCCGGCUGACGUGCUUCCAGACGCUGACGGGCACCAAGUUCCUCCUUUUCACGGACCCGCACAUGGCCAACAUCGAGGUGGUGAUGAAGAAGAUCUACGAGUUCUACGCCGACUUCGUCAUGAAGAACCCGUUCUAUCAGUUGGAAAUGCCGGUGCGGUGCGAGGCGUUUGAUCGGAAUCUGAAUGGGUGGUUGCGCGGGAGGACGUGA